CUAUCCUUCCGGACUAUAUCGAUGAUUUUGAUCUUCACUUUUUCAUGGCCUUGCCUUCUGAAUUGUUAAUAAGGUCUCAGGCUCUUUAUAUGUUUAUUUCCUUGAUGAAGGUCUUUACAUCUUUAUUUUCCAAUAAUUUCGCCUAUCCCGACCUGCCCAUGUUAGUUAUAAGAUAUAGCACAGAGAUGUGUAGUUCACUUUGUUUUUUAUUGUUGAGAUCUCUAUUAAAAAAAAUAAGUUGAUGCCUUGUCUGUGAGCUUUGUAAGUUAAUCUGAUAUGUUGUGAUGCAUUGGCAUGAGUCUGAUAUCAUCUGUUCUCAACAUGAAUCCUAGCCACUGUUGCUGGACACCUUCCAAAGAUCUAAACUGCUAUAUGUGCAACUUAAUAUUUUUUCUUACCUCAUUUAUUGAAGGUGUUUAUUCUCUGGAUAAUUGUUCAUCAAAGUUGCCGUUCUAGUGCAGUUUUGCAAACUUAAGGCUUUAACAGAUUAGACCUCGGUAAUAUAAUUCUGAGAACUCCUUUAGAGUUAAUAUCUGUGUCUGUAUUUCGUUCCAUUUGCAUUUAACAGAAAAGGGUUCAUGCAUCUAGGAGCUGUUGCUCUGAGUUGCCUCAUGCAUAUUAUUUGUUGAUGUCCAUUUUUCCAAACUUCAUGGUCACAUGAAAUCAUUCUUAUUGUCAGUUUCUGUUUCCAAUUUACAUGAACUAGAAACAUCUUAGAUAAUAUUUUGUUUCAAUGUUCACAUCUUAAAAACUUGAAAACCUUUUCUUUCCACCAAUUAACUUAUAUGUUAGGGUCAUAUCUUGGUCACCAAUGUCUACUGAUAUUAAAGAGUCAGUUUGGAAAAGAAGGAGCUUGGUGAGGACAGCUUUAACGUUCUUAGCUUUCAUCACCUGAAACUGUUUGAUGCUUGGCCUUGGAGAUGGUUUGAUGAAUCUAUGUUGGACUGUUGUGAGCCUCUGGAGAAGGUUAAAGCUAAAGGGAUCUCUUUUGGGAAAGUGGUAUGUUUGGCUCACUGUGCAGGAGCGAAGGUAGAAGCUUUUCGCUCUAAUCAUAGUACUAUUGAUGACUUCCGUAAACAAGUCAUGGCCUGCACUACUAGUGAUAAUUGUCAUCUGAUCUCAUCAUAUCAUAGAGGCCUUUUUAAGCAGACAGGUUCGGGCCACUUUUCGCCUAUUGGUGGUUAUCACGUGGGAAAGGAUAUGGCACUGAUUCUAGAUGUUGCGAGGUUUAAAUAUCCUCCUCAUUGGGUUCCCCUCCCUCUCCUUUGGGAAGCCAUGAACACAAUUGAUGAAGCUACAGGAUUACAUAGGGGGUUUAUGCUAAUUACUAAGCUUCACAGAGCUCCUGCACUGCUAUAUACCCUGAGCUGUAAACAUGAGAGUUGGGUCACUAUCUCAAAGCAUUUGAUGGAUGAUCUUCCUGUCCUGUUAAGUUCUGAGAAUGUGAAGGGCAUAAAAGAUGUUCUCUCUACUGUUCUUUCAAAUCUACCUUCAAAUUUUGUUGAAUUCAUAAAGUGGAUAGCGGAAGUUCGAAGGCAAGAGGAGAAUGGUCAAAAUUUGAGUGACGAGGAGAAAGGAAGGCUAGCUAUCAAGGAAGAGGUAUUGAAACAAGUGCAGGACACUCCUCUUUAUAAGCAUGUCACAAGCAUUUUAUUUUCAAAAAAUUCUAUCUGCCAGUCAAAAGCAGCAUCAGACAGCAGUUUGGCUAAUGUUGCCGCAAACAUUUGCUGCCAAGGAGCAGGUCUUUUUGCAGGAAGAUCUGGUUCAUCGGAUAGGUUUUGCUGUCUCCAAACAUGUGUUAGAUGCUACAGAGCUACCGGGGGCAAUUCUGCUACAGUGGUGUCUGGGACAGUUGUAAAUGGGAAUGGGGAGCAGGGGGUUGAUGUUCUGGUCCCUACAUCUCUAGCAAAGACUAGCUGCUGUCCCUCAGGGCAAGCUGGUUGCUCGCCAAUGCACCCUGCAAGUAACGAUGUGCUGACAGCACUAUUGCUGGCAUUACCUCCACAUACAUGGUCUCGAAUAAAAGAUACGAAGGUCUUGCAGGAAAUAGAGAACCUUGUCUCAGCAGAGAACCUGCCUCCUUUGCUGCAAGAAGAGAUUUUGCACCUGCGAGGACAGUUCCUCCUCCUCAAGAAAUGCAAGGAUAACAAGGUAGAAGAAGAUUUAGCUGCACCUCCCUUCUAGCUUUGCUUUCCUAGGUUAUUACAAAUACAUUGUUCUGGUGUAAGAUUCAAACCAAAUCACUGUACUUUCUCAUGACUUAAAAUUCACAAAGCGCUGAAGCAUCUUAAGCGGCAAAAUGCAGAUGCCCUACUUCCUUUCAUUUCUAUAGGUUUAGUAAAUCAAGAAUAACAAGGUGUCCCAUGGAGCUCGAAAUCUCUCUAUGGAGAUUCAUUUGUUUUUCAGAGAUGAAGCGGCUCUUUAAAGAGAAGGCAUGCAUGCCAUGAAGGAGUGCUGAUCUAUUUAGGAAAGUUGAGUUCACUGGGUUAGCUGGGUGGGUUCAGAUUUACAUUUUACUUGCCCAGGACUUGAUUGUAUGUGCCAUUUCUUCUACCUACUAUGGUAUUAUUCUGACAAGAGCUGAAGGAAUAAAUAUGUUGACGUCCUAAUUUCUCUUCGGAAC